AUGCUGAAGGGCUGCUGCACCGUUUUGAGAGGCUACGUUCAUGCAGGAGCUGUAUCAGCAGUGAAGUCCGUCACAGGCGAUCUAGGGCGAGGAGCGAGACAGUUCUCAAUCAGGCAAGCCAAAAGCUAUAACACGUGCUAUGGAGCGCGACAGCACAAGACAACUCUGUUUCAUCGAAUUGUCUUCCAAAAGCCCGCUUCUCAAGCACUCGUCACCGCUCUCGCCACCAGCCUCGCCUCCGUCAUCAACAUCACCAUCUCCGCUGCUCCGGCCUCGACAUCUGCCUCUGCAGCCGCUGCCUCAGUCCGCGCGCCUGACACCACCAAGCCGGCCUCCGUCGCAGCCAGUCUGGGUUUCCCAGUCGAGCCAGGCCCUACGGGCAAGUUGCCCACAGCGCAUUUCAGUUGGUAUAAGAUGUUCUCACGAACCGCUAUGAACAACGGUAGCCUGUACCCUGGGCCUGAUGGCAUGCUUGCGACUGCCCACCAACCCCUCGCCACCGCUCUUGGGCAGAUGACCGCCGGCGGCACCACACUUCCCCAGCAGUAUGUCGGAGGAGUGGACAUGGAGCUUAAGCCCAGAAUCAUGGUCCGAGUGGCGGCCACUCACGAGGUUCAGGUCCUUCGUGAAAAGGAAGGCAGCGAGGCAAAGGCGAAGCGUAUCUGCCAGGCAAAGGUUGCAAAUCACGGACUGAAUAUGGAGAUCCUGGAUGCAGAAUACCAGCUUGAAAAAGAAGGCAGUGAGAAGGAAGGAAGUGAAAAGGAAGGCAGUGAAAAGGAAGGCAGCGAGGCAAAGGCGAAGCGCAUCUGCCACGCGAAAGUUGCGGAGUACGGACUCAACAUGGAGAUUCUGGAUCUAGAAUACGAGCUUGAUUACAAAAAGUUGCCCUUCUACUAUUACGCUGAUGCAUACAUCAACUUCAACAAGCUGGUUACGGACCUCUUCAAGGUGUACAAGACCCGCAUCUGGAUGUCGGCCGUCAAUCCCGCGUCCUUCGCAUCCGCUAUCGGAUACAGCAACAUUCCCCUGCCGUCGGCCAAUGGAUUUCGAGCACGCGUCGAAACAUGA